CGCAUCGUCGCAAGCGACAGUCGCGUUACGAGCAUCGUAUCGUCGAGUAAUCGGAAUUAAGGUUAGAUUCAUUUUUAUUAAAUUCCUCACCGCAAAAAAAAUUUGUUUGAUUUUUUUCGACGCAAUCUAUUAUGUUUAUAUCAAACAGCGAACAUUUCGUAACACGUAUCGUUAAAAAUUGAAAUAUUUAUCAGUGUUAAGUAAUAUAUUAUGCUUUAUUCACCAACGUCUUAUGGCCUAAUUACUCUCGUACACGUUCGACAAUAUUUUUCUUAAAACGUGUGUGAUUUGAUUUUAUAAAAAGACUAUCGAUAAUUUAAUCGAACAAUUUAUAUAUUAAUUGUUAAGAAUAUAAGACAAUAUUUAAGCGAUCGUUAUAUCGUAAGAAAUCAGAAGAAUUGCAUGUAUGGAAUUUAAGUGAACUUGCAAAGGUUACAAAAUGUUGACGAAAAAAUUAAGCAACAGAAGAAUAGUGGUCGAUAUUCUUGUUCUAUUAUUUGGUAUUGGUGCAUGGAUCGGUAUAAAUGGCAUUUAUGUGCAAUUACCACUUUUAAUAAAUACUGCACCGGAAGGAUGGAAUUUACCAGCAUAUAUGGUGAUGCUAGUACAAUUUGCUAAUUUAGGGCCAAUUUUAUACACAUUAUAUAUAAAGUAUACCGCAUGGGCAUAUGAUAAGAUAAUCAUAUAUGGAAUGUUAAUUGCAGCAGCAAUAUCUACUUUCGUUUUAGCAUUUGUCUACAGUCAAACGUCGGUAAUAUUGGGAACUAUGCAUUCGACUGCACUUUUAUCUCUAAUGUUUGUGACAGCUAUCGUUGGAUGUACAAGUUCAGUUCUUUUCAUGCCUUACAUGAGGAAUUAUCGUGAAAUUUAUUUAGUAUCCUAUCUUGUAGGAGAAGGCCUUAGCGGGUUUAUACCCAGUAUUGUUGCAUUGGUUCAGGGUGUCGGUGGAAAUCCUGAAUGUAGAAAUGUUACUAAAGAAGGAUCUACGGAUUUAAAGUUUGAAGCUUUUUAUCCAGAGCCCAGAUUCUCUACUCAAAUAUUUUUCAUGUUCGUAGGCGUAUUAUUAUUCUUAAGUUUUCUAUCUUUUCUCGGAUUAAAUAAAUUAAUGGUAGCUAUAGGCGAAAGGGUUAAACUUCCGUCGAGUAUGGAAACACUGCCAACGGAUACCAAAGCACCACCGAGUUACAAAACUAAUUCAGGCUGGACUAUGUCCAAACACACAUAUUAUUAUUUGUUAAGUAUGAUGGCACUUGUUUGUUUUCUCGGUCAUGGUACUCUUCCUAGCAUUCAGUCAUACUCUUGUUUACCUUACGGAAAUGUAGGGUAUCAUUUAACAGUAACGUUAGCUUCUAUGGCUGGUCCAUUAGCUAUGUGUUUAGGUUUCGUUAUCAAGUCUCCAAAAAUCAGUCUUCUUAACGGACUAAUGGGAUUGAUUAUCAUUCUCUCUUGUUUCGUCUUAUUUUUAGCUGUUAAAUCACCCAAUCCUCCUUUACAGCAUACGUGGAUGGGUGAACUAUUAGUUGUAGUUUCUUGGAUAUUAGUCAAUGGUUUAAUAGGAUUUAUUAAAAUGGGUAUCACCACUUUGUUCAGACCAGAUCCGGGUAGAGGUUUAUAUUAUACUGGCGUUGCUACACAAAUCGGUUCUUUAAUAGGUGCAAUAACGACGUUCGUUUUAGUCAAUCAUGCAAAAAUCUUUGUUUCGUAUUCGCCAUGUGAUGCCGUUCAUUGACUCUUGUUCUAAUAAUUAUUUUAAAGAAAUGAUAGCCAUAUUUUAAGUGAUGUUCCUACCAAUAGUACUUAAUCAAGUAUUAAAAAAGACAGUAUCUUUGAAAUUUUGGGAAAAAGAAAAAUGACAAUGAACGCUUGUCAAGUGCAGAUAAUUAGUUAAAUAAAUAGACAUUAUUCAGAAUCAUACAGCGACGGUUA